UGUCACAUGGCCGUAAUUUCCUGUGACAACGUGGAGAAGGAAGAAUUGUCGUCAUACCCAUAACAAAGUCUAUAACAAGAAUCUCUAUCCCUUUGCUGCCGCCUCACCACGCACCUAGUCACCAACACAACACACACACAUGGGGCCGGAUCUGAAUUAAUCUUCAAGGAUCGCGCUCAAAGCAUUCGAUGGCUCCCACGAUCACAUGGACUUUUUCCAUGACUCACUAGUUCUACCUGGCUCGUCGUCGGCGAGACUAGCACCGAAUAAUGCGACGGCAAACAAUUCAUCCUCUGCUUCCAGAGCGACAAGAUCCAAUGGAGGAAGCACGCGCAUAUCUCCCUCGCUGAUACGAGCGCUUCGGGAUCCUUACUACUUGGUCGGCGCCAGACCCGUUGAAUCCGGCAGUCAUCGACAAAGAGCCGAAGGGCCACAACUGGACGACAGCGAGUGGCGGAGGCAGGUCUUGAAUCUGAAAGUCUCGCAGGCAAAAUGCUACACGGACUGGUUUUCGGCAGCUUCGGAACUGGACACGCUCGAAGGCAGAGACGCCUGGAAAGAGGAAGAGGAAUGCGAUGAAUACGAUACCGCCUUGCUCAAGGCACGCCUACAAGAGCUGGAGGAUGCACGCAUCAGCUGCGACGCAAAGCGCAUGCUGUUCCUGGCGCGAACCUCGUUGACAAGAGACCUUGGGAACAUGGGUGAUCUAAGAUUAUACAAGCACUGCAGAGUCGGCACAAAGGCUCUCAUCGAACGCUACAUCUCUGCCGCCUUGGAGAUGCUCGAGACGAUUGUCGACAUGUGCUCGCCCGCGAACAAGAAAGAUACGUAUGUGGACGUCAGGGAGGUCUACGAGCAGCUGUUGAGUGCUAGACAGGCCUUUGGAAGAAGUGCAUUGCUACUUUCAGGAGGUGGUACUCUCGGAAUGAACCACAUAGGAGUGCUCAAGACGCUUUUUGAAGCCCACUUGCUGCCUCGCAUCAUCUCGGGCGCAUCCGCUGGCUCCAUCGUUGCUGCCGUUCUUUGCACCAAAACGGACGACGAGAUUCCACAAGUGCUACGUGACUUCUGCUACGGCGAUCUGGACGUCUUUGAAAAAGAGGGAGAGCCUGAAAAUGUCUUGAAAAAGGUCUUCCGCUUCUGUACCAAGGGCGCGCUGUUCGACAUCUCCAACCUCGUGCGUGUCAUGAAGGAUUUGUUGGGAGACAUGACCUUCCAAGAAGCCUACAACAGGACAAGACGUAUUCUCAACAUUGGCGUAUCGACAGCUAGUCUCUACGAGCUGCCAAGAUUGCUAAACUACAUCACCGCUCCAAACGUCAUGAUCUGGUCUGCUGUCGCCACGAGCUGCUCUGUUCCAUUUAUCUUUUCUCCUGCUCAACUUCUAGCCAAGGAUCCACGCACUGGUCUCGAAGUGCCAUGGGACCAGUCUCCGCAACGCUGGAUUGAUGGCUCGGUUGACAACGACCUGCCCAUGACUCGCUUGGCCGAGAUGUUCAACGUCAACCACUUCAUAGUUUCCCAGGUCAAUCCUCAUGUUGUACCCUUCCUGGAACGAGAUGAUGAAAUUGCCAAUUUUGGAUCUCAAACCUCUAGAUUUUCUCUGGCCGCUGGACCUGGUUGGCUUCGCUCUGUCGCCAACCUUGCCAAAGGAGAGGCACUCCACCGCAUGCAUGUCCUCGCCGAACUAGGCGUCUUACCAACUACCAUGUCCAAAGUCCGAUCGGUCUUGAGUCAACGCUACUCAGGCGAUAUCACGAUUUUACCGGAAGUCUCGUACACGCAAUUUCCACGAGUCCUCAUGAAUCCGACACCCGACUUCAUGUCACGCGCCAUGCUCAGCGGAGAAACAGCUACGUGGCCAAAGCUAUCACAGGUUAGAAACCACUGCGCCAUCGAGCUGGCUCUUGACGUCGCGGUUCAAAAAGUACGAUAUGGUCUUGUCUUUUCACCCAGUCAAAUCGACCUCCGUCUCAAUGCCUUCGCUUUCACCGCUGCAGCGAACGAAAGUCAAAUCCGCCAUGCCCGACGAGCUAGCCAUGGCAGUCCCCCUGAGAGUGAACGACCACAUCUCCUUGCCGUACCACCUACAUACUCUCUACGCAAACCUAGUGCAGCGCACACUUCUCAUGCCUCUAGUAUCUUCCACGCACCCAAACACUCCGGCCACGACGACUUCGCCUCGGGUCAAGAAACAGCCGUCGACUCCGAAGACGCAGAUUGGUCCGACUCUUCCCUAGAACCACACUCGCCCCGUCAAACACCAAAACUCUGGCCUCCCGUCUUUCUCUCCCGCUCCCAACCCGUGACGCCAAAUCUGCAUUCCAAAAUGUACAAUACCUCUUCUCCAGCAUUGGUGUUGACCAGACUGAACAAAGACGGUUAUGGCGGAGAUGAAGACUCAGGGGCAUUAGUGGCGAGCCCUAUGGAAUAUAAAUCUGUAUUCCAGAAUGCCAGGCCCUCUUAUGCUGGGGAGGAAGGCUAUGAUGUUUCGGGGACUAGGGGUAUGGUUAGGAGGAAGAGGAGUUUGACUACUGGGUUUAGGGGGCUGUGGCCGCCUGGGAGGUCGUGAUUGAUCAUCUCGAUGGUAUUUCUUUUGUGUCUGGCUGGGGAUGGGUGGCAUAUUCUCGGUCUACUGGCGUUUUCUGGGCAUCUUGGUGGGUGCGCAUGUUUGCUUAGAAGUUUUUGGGUACACAGGCAACGGGUUGAGUCGGGAUCAUGGAUUUGGCGUUUUCUCCUGUGAGGGCUGGGAGGUCAUUAUUAUACUAUCCCUAAGAAAUAUCUCAUCUAUCACGAAACAAUAUUUCUUAUCUCU